AUGCCAGCAGCUCACAUUGGGAAGUCGUUUGGUAUCUUAUUGAUUUCAUUCUUUCUAUCAAGCUACUUUUUCACCGAGUCAUGGACUUGGGGUUAUCAAAAUAAAUGGACGAAUUGGAGAACCUACAUUCCUACUCGUCAGGUUACGUUCACGGUCGACGAAUUAGCAAAAUAUGAUGGAUCUGAUCCUAAUCUACCCAUAUAUAUCGCUCUCUUUGGUGAGGUGUUUGACGUAUCAAAUGGUGCGGCUUACUAUGGCAAGGGUUCAGGAUAUAAUGCAUUUGCUGGCCGUGAUGCUACAAGAGCCUAUGUAACUGGUUGUUUCAACACGCAUCUAACUCAUGAUCUCAGAGGCUUGACGAAGGAAGAAUUAAAAUCGUUGAGAGGAUGGUUAGAAUUCUAUCAGAACCACCAUAGUUACCAUAAAGUUGGUAAUGUCGUGCUCCCUCCUAUAGAUCCAGAUACUCCAAUUCCAGAACCAUGCAAUGACAGCGUAGGGCAGAAGAACUAG